UUAACAUAAUGUCUAGCUAUAGUGCUGUUAAUAUAUAAAAAUAAGCUGAUAAAUGAAGUCACUGACAGAUGACUAACAUCAAAUGUAGGGAGCUAACCUCUGACCUGGCUAAACCCAGUGCUAAUGUCUUUGGAGUAAAUGUAUUUAUUAUCAGAGUGGCCUGACAUUGAUGACAUGAUCUGAUGAGAUGUUGGACUCGGACGACUGCACCUUGUCACUGGAUGAUCUUUUUUUUGAGAAACCCCUUGUCCAUAAAGUAAAGCCACUGCACCAGGAGGCCAGGCCAUGGCAGCUGGAAGCGCCUCCAUCUCUUUCUCAGAUUCCAGCCACUCAAGAUAUGCAGGAGGAGGCAGAUUUUCUCUCCACCCUAUGCAGUUUUUCACAGAAACCCAAGAUAUUACAACCUCCAUCCAGAAGGUUUGCCAGUCCAAUCAACAGUCCUCACAGUUAUAACAAUGAUGAGGAAGAGAUUGAAACUCAGGGUGGGAACAACAGCAUCGGCACCGACAGAUGUGACGGCUUUUGGGGAGGUGACGGGUUCAAGGAUUACUGUCAGAGUGGCAGAGGAGGAGAUGAAAGACAUGCAGCCAUCAGCCAGAGGUGUUUGUCCCUGGGCCUCAGUAAAAGCCCGCCAUUACGGAGAAGCUUGUUCAAGGUUCAGGUGUUGAACAAUGGAGGUGACUCGUCAAACACAGAUGACCUCAGUAGCGGCAGCAGCCAGACAGCAUCCAGACCUCAAACUUUUCUCAGUCAGGUUACCAUGACGACAGUGCCUCCUCCUCCUCUUCGCCAGCCACCACCGGCGACAGUUAGCCAGGCAGCUCCUCCUCCUCUCUCCCCCAAGCUCCGCGUCUCGGCCCCCCUUCCUCUGGGCUCAUCUGCAGCGAGCAGCCGACCCCCGCAGCAGGCGGCACAUGCAGAGAUGCAGGACAAGGGCACAAAGAGAGUCUUCGUUCCACCGAUGACGCCUCAGGCACUCUGCAUACAAGGAUCUUCUGGGUCUGGAGUUUUACGUCCAGUUUCUGAAAUCCCAGCUAAGUUCAGGUCUGUUUUCAACGAGUUCCCAUUUUUCAACUACAUCCAGUCCAAAGCACUCGAUGACGUUCUUUACACAGGCAAUAACUUUGUGGCAUGUGCUCCAACCGGAUCUGGAAAAACGGUGCUGUUUGAGCUGGCUAUCAUUCGUCUGCUGAUGGAAACCUCUGAGCCCUGGAGAGAUUUCAAAGCUGUCUAUAUGGCCCCUAUCAAAGCUCUCUGCAGUCAGUGCUUCGAGAGCUGGAAGAAAAAGUUCGGCCCGCUUGGGCUGACCUGUAAGGAGCUGACGGGCGACACGGAGAUUGAUGACUUCUUUGAGAUUCAGGACUCCCACAUCAUCCUGACCACGCCCGAAAAAUGGGACAGCAUGACAAGAAAAUGGAAGGACAACUGUCUGUUGCAACUAGUCAGGCUCUUCCUUAUCGAUGAGGUGCAUGUGGUGAAGGAUGCGACCCGUGGUGCCACUCUGGAAGUUGUGGUGAGCAGGAUGAAGGCUGUAAAUGCCCACAGGACAGCACAGAAUCCAGAGACGGGCCUCUCUAUGAGGUUUGUGGCUGUAUCGGCCACCAUACCCAACAUAUCUGAUAUAGCAGACUGGCUGUCUAAUGAGAGUGGUCCAGCCACAUAUCUGGACAUGGACGAGAGCCACCGUCCGGUGAAGCUGAGGAAGGUGGUGCUGGGAUUCCCCUGCAGCCCAAACCAAACAGAGUUCAAGUUCGACCUGUCGCUCAACUACAAGAUGGUCAACAUCAUACAAACGUACUCCGAGCAGAAACCUACACUGGUGUUUUGCUCUACAAGAAAAGGAGCCCAGCAGUCAGCUACAGUUCUGGCCAAAGAUGCUCGGUUUAUCAUGAGCAUUGAGCACAAACAAAGGUUGAUGAAAUAUGCAAACUCUGUUCUGGAUUCAAAACUAAAAGAUCUGGUGAUGUUAGGUGUUGGUUACCACCAUGCAGGACUUGACAUGUCUGAUAGGAAGUUGAUAGAAAGGGCCUUCACUCUGGCAGACCUGCCUGUCCUCUUCACGACCAGGACUCUGGCCAUGGGGGUGAACCUGCCAGCUCAUCUAGUGGUGAUCAAGUCCACCAUGCAGUAUGUGGCGGGCUCCUGUGAGGAGUACAGCGAGGCCGACAUACUGCAGAUGAUAGGCCGUGCUGGAAGACCACAAUUUGACACAUCAGCGACUGCAGUGAUCAUGACAAAGAUCCAAACCAAAGACAAGUACAUGAAACUCAUGAAUGGGAUGGAAAUCAUUGAGAGCAGCUUACACAGUCACCUGAUGGAGCACCUGAACGCUGAGAUUGUGCUCCAAACCAUCAGUGAUGUAAACAUGGCUCUGGACUGGAUCCGCUCCACCCUCCUCUACAUCAGAGCCCUCAAGAACCCCACAUACUAUGGUUUCUCCGCCGACUUAGACAGAUAUGGAAUCGAGGCAAAACUGCAAGAACUGUGUCUGAGGAACCUCAACUCCUUGUCCUCCAUUGGUCUGAUCGACAUGGAUGAGGAUAUCAACAUCAAACCAACAGAGGCCGGCAGGUUGAUGGCGAGGUACUGUGUUGCCUUUGACACCAUGAAACAGUUCAGUCAAGUGGCCGGCACAGAGAACCUGUCAGACCUGAUUGAGUUGAUGUCGAAGAGCAGAGAAUUCAGCGACUUUCAGUUGAGAAUGAACGAAAAGAGGCCUUUGAACACUUUGAACAGGGACAAGAACAGGACCACCAUCAGGUUUCCCAUUGAGGGAAAGAUAAAAACCAGUGAGAUGAAAGUGAACUGCUUGAUUCAGGCUCAGUUGGGUUCCAUCCCGAUUCAAGAGUUUGGACUCACACAGGACACGGCAAAGAUCUUCAGGAACGGGAUGCGCAUCAGCAAAUGCCUGUCAGAGUUUCUGAGUCAGCUGUCAAAGACCGGUUUUUCUGCUUUGCUCAACUCCCUGAUCCUGGCUAAGUGCUUCAGAGCCAAACUUUGGGAAAACUCGCCCUAUGUUUCCAGGCAGCUGGAGAAGAUAGGCCAGACCCUGUCAACUGCCAUGGUGAACGCAGGACUCACCACUUUCAUCAGAAUAGAGGAAACCAAUGCCAGAGAGCUUGAGCUGAUUCUCAACAGACAUCCGCCAUUUGGAAACCAAAUCAAAGAAUCUGUCAUACAUCUCCCGAAGUACGAAGUCACUUUGGAACAGCUUCCGAGAUAUAGCUCUGCCACAGCGGAGAUUGUGGUGAAGGUAAACCUAAAAAACCAAGCAGAGCUGCUGUCCAAGAGAACAGCUCCCGACCACCACUACGUCUCCCUGAUCAUCGGAAACUCUGACAACACUGUGGUCUUCCUACAGAAGCUCACGGACUCUGUGCUGUUGAAGUGUGGUAGCUGGUCCAAGAAAAUUGAGGUGGCAAAGGCUUCGAAAGGAGAGGAGAUCAGUGUCAAUCUCAUCAGCUCAGAAUAUGUGGGCCUGGACCUUCAGCAGAAGUUCAAUGUGUACUACUCUGGGGCCAGGAGGUUUGGAACUGAUAAUCCACACUACGUGUCAUGUGAUCGUGCUGGACAGAGACCGCUGCACUCUGCAGUGAAACCACAGUCUAUACAUCAGGCUGCAACUCAGAGGCAAACUUCCACAUCUGCUACAGACCAAGGCAAUACAAGACAGUGCAACCACUUCUGCAAGAAUAAGGAUCAUUGUGGCCACGACUGCUGUAAAGUAGGCGUAACCGUGACACGGAAAAGGACAGCAAAUCAUGAAUCCAGUUUCUCGUCCUAUUUGAAUGACCUGAGGACCAGGAGUGACACACUCGCGCAGACCCCUGUCAAACGACUCAAGAUGAGAAUGAGCGAAGAGUCCGUGUCUGUCCACAUGCAGGACUUUGCCUUCAAACCCAAAGAGAGGCUACCUAAUGUCUCCAGGUAUGGAGGGAGUCGCUGUGAAGCUUUAGUGAGACCUCGCACUGAGACUGUGGAUCUGACGGGAGAAGACUUUGAUCAGCUGCAAGACGUUGUUCAUCUGGAUGACACUGACAGUGGUUCCUCAAUGUGGGUGAACCCAGGAAUCAGUGUUGGUGUGAGUCAGAACCAGAAACCACAUCUGAACCAGAUCAGUACAACCAACUCGACUUAUUCAAAGAUGUCCACUGCUGGAUCAGACCAGAGCGCUCUCCGUGAAUGUGCUUCAUUCUCACAAAUACCGACCAUCAGCUUUGAUCUUGGAAAUGAAUGGGACGACUUUGAUGACGAGAACUUGGUGCGUGCCAGCGAAACAUCGUUGUCCUUGUGUCCAACUAAUGCUAGACCUCAAGUCCAGCAGCAGCCUGCAGACUACAACAUGCCAGGAUUUGCUGCUGUACCAAUGUUCCUCAGUCACUCACAAGUUGAACCCUGUAUAACCACUGAGGCCAGAACACCACUGAGGCUGAUUUCACCAACAUUAAGUCCUGAAAUCAGAAGACCAGGUGCCUCACCAUUUACAGCCAGACCACAAAACAGAAUCACACUGGACUGGAAUAAAAAGAGGCCGAGCGUCUUCCGUGAAGAGAUCACAGUAAAAGCACCAGAAAAUCUCCCGAAACAGAGCAAGACACACUUUGCCCCGCCUACCAAAAGGUUUGAUUUCUUCUCAUCAAUGAGCGUCCCGGCCAACACCGACCCCAGCUCAUCAAACAACAGACGCACCAGCAGCAAAGAAGAGGAAGCUUUCAUUGGGAUAUUUGAUGGGAUAUUUUAGAAGUACUGUGACAUGAAUGUGUUAUUUAUAUAAAGUGUUUGUGUUCAUGUUUUAUUACCUGUGAGCUUUAACGUCAAAAGUUGUAGACUGUUCAAAGCGUUACAGUAUAUUUAUCUCUGAUUGUUACUAAUGUCAUUUAUUAAUUCAUGUGUCUAUUUAUUUAAUAAAGUCUUCAU